AUGAAUGAUAAAAAUCAUAAUGAAUUAGAAACAAAUAGUAAUGAUAAUGAAACAAAGGAAAGAGAAAUAAAUUUAGAUGAAAAUAUAGAAGAAAAGAAAGAAAGUUCAUCUUUUUUUUCAAAAUAUUAUAGUAAAUUUAUAAAUACAAGUAAAAAUGAACAAAAUACAAAUGACAACAUAAAAGACAAUGAUACAACGUCUAAUCAUGAAAACAAAGAAAAUACUGAUCAUACUUUUAAUAAUGAAAAUGAAAAUAUUAAUAAGGAUAUAAACCUUGAUGAGAAAAAUAUUUCGAAAGAUAAAUUCAAUGAAAGUUUACAAAAUAUUAUUAAUUUUAAUAAACAAAAUGUAAAUUUAAAUUUAUGUAGAGGUGAAAUAUACUUAACAAGUAAUGAACUAUUUUGUAUAUCCUACCUUCUUAUGAAUAAUCGUUUUCGAUUUUCCCCUAUUGAAGAUCAAAAAAAAAAAAAAAAAAGAGAAGUUAUUAAUCCGGAAGAAUUAAUAAUUGAUUCAAAGAGAAAAAAAAAUGAUAAUAUAAUUGACUAUUAUAAAAUAGACGAUAAAAGUGAAAUCGAUUUAUUAAAAUCAUCACAAGAAAAUAAUAGCAUACAUGAAAAGGAAGAUGAUUUAACAGGAAGUGGAGGGAUACACGAUAAUGAUAGUACUUCAUGGAGUAAUAAAUAUUCUGAACAUGAAAUUACCUUAAAAAGAAAACAACAAAUUGAUAUAUGUAAUGAAAUAUUAGGUCAUUUACAAAGUAAAUAUUAUGAACAAAUUUUAAAUAUUGAAAAUAAUUUUAAAAAUUUAGAAAAUAAAAUUGAAGAUAAUAAUUUUUUCCAUUUUAAUUGUAUAAUGGAAAAAUUAAGAAAUAAAAAAUAUGAUAAUAUUUUAUUAAUUUUCGAUGAUAUACAUAUGUAUCUUAAUAAUUUAUUAUAUUUAUCAAAACCUUCAAGUUAUAUAUGGAUGAAAUUACAUGAAUUGCUCAACCAAGUAGCAAAUACAUUAUUAAAUAUACAUCAAAUGAAAAGAGAAGCAUUUAAUGAAAUCGAUUAUAAUUAUCAAGACGAUGACAAUAAAAAUGACAGUAUUAUAGAUAGCCAAACAAUAGAGCAGUCCAUAAAUGAGGAGGAAAAAUUAUCCUUCCAACUGCUUCUUGGAAAGUUACACCAGGACAUCCAUUUUGAGCUAUUUCGAAAAUUCAAAAGUAAAGCUGUCUGGAAAACCCUGGAAGGCGGUGAAAUAGAAUUGGAUGAUAAAUUAACAAAGGCAGACGUCUUUAGAGAAAUGUAUAACUGGUGUAAGUUACAGCUCGAUUUGAAGGACAAACGAAGUGAAAUAUCCGAAUCUGAGAGUGACUCUUCAAAAGAUUCAUAUUAA